AUGAAGCCAUCCGAGGCCGAUACCGCGCAAACAGCGUCCCUCGUCGCCAAGGAGAGUCCCAUCCAGCUCACCACCGUCGCCGACGGCGGCCACAACUACAUUGACGAGAACGGAGGCGAUCCGGUUCACAAAUCAACCCGCGACGAUGUCAUCUCCAUGCAGCGUAUGGGACGCACGCAGGAGCUUGUGCGGCAUUUUCGCACGCUGUCCAUGAUUUCCUUUGUCGGGCCGUCGACGACGGCGUGGGAGACCAAUAUCUUUGUCUUUACGCAGGGCCUCAAGGAUGGGGGCCGCCCAGGCGUCAUGUACAGCCUCAUUUGGAGCUUUUUCGGCUUCGUGCCCGUGUACCUGAGCAUGGCCGAGAUGGCGAGCAUGGCGCCCAUUGCCGGCGCGCAGUACCACUGGGUCAGCGAAUUCGCACCAGAGAGCUGUCAAAAGAUUCUCAGCUACAUGACGGGCUGGACGUCGACUCUGGCUUGGCAGGCCGGAAACGCCAGUGGCAUGUUUGAAGUAGGUAUCAUCAUCCAGGCUAUAAUCACCGCCAACAUGGAUUACGACGCUCCGAGAUGGCACGCCGCCGUCAUCAACAUUGCAUUCACCCUGUUUGCCCUUGGCGCCAAUGUAUUAGGCUCCCGGGCCCUACCAUACUGGCAGAAUGCCAUCUUUGCCUUUCAUAUCCUCGCCUUUGUCGCGUUUCUGGCUCCCAUCUGGGUCAACGUGCCCCAAGCUAGCCACCACGAUGUGUGGGCGCUUUGGGAGAACCGUGGCGGCUGGCCCUCCCUGACUUUGGCGAUUCUUGUCGGUCAGAUGCCUGGCAUUGCCGCGCACGUCGGCAUUGAUACCGCUGCCCACAUGGCAGAAGAAGUACGCGACGCGGCCAAGACGAUCCCCCGCAUUAUGCUUGUUGGGUUUCUGAUCAACAUGGCUCUUAUCUUUCUCAGUCUCCUCACGUUUUGCUAUCACAUCGUCGAUAUCCCCACCGCUCUUGACGACCCUACCGGCUACCCAGGCAUCUGGGUUAUCCGUCAGUCGAUGAGUCAGCCGUGGCUCAACAUCCUACUCGCCGUCAUCCUCAUCCUGGAAGUUUUUGGCGAGCUUUCCUACUUUGCUGCCGUCAGUCGUGAUCUCUUUGCUUUCGCUCGCGAUGAUGGUUUUCCCUUUUCGAAAUGGCUAGCUCGCGUGGACCACGAGCGCCAAAUCCCGACAAACGCCUACAUCUUCUCCGCUGGCUUCAGUAUUGCUCUCAGUUUCAUCUAUCUCGGCAGUGAUGUCGCAUUUUAUGCUGUCCUCUCACUGAGCACAGUAGCGAUGCUUCAGUGCUAUCUCUUCAGCAUCGGUUGCAUGACGUGGCGCCGGAUUUUCCAUCCCCAUACACUGCCCCCAGCGCGCUUCUCUCUCGGCCGCUGGGGUCUUCCUAUUAACAUCGCCGCAGUAGUAUUUUCGUUCUGGGGCUUCUUCUGGACUUUCUGGCCGGAAGAAACACCAGUUACUUUGGCCGUGUUCAACUGGGCGUCGCCAAUCUUUGUCGCCACGCUGCUACUGGCGCUAAUCAAUUAUAUUUUCAGGGGCCGAGAAAGGUACCAUGGCCCGGUUACUCUGGUAGAGGGCCGCAAACUCCGCGAAGAAUAG